CUGCAAGCACUUCAUCCGGCACUUAGCGGCAAAACUCAGUCAAGAGAGGAGGAAGCGGGUGAAGUUUAAAAAAAAAAAAAAAAAAAAAAAAAAAUAAACAAACAAAAAAAAGAAACCCACACGGUCAUGGGGAAAUCAGCUUCCAAACAAUUUGCUGAAGAAGUCUUGAAAGUACACAAUGACUACAGGAAGAAACAUGGAGUCCCCCCAUUAAAACUCUGCAAGAAGUUAAACAGAGGAGCCCAACAGUAUGCAGAAGAACUGGCUACCACGAGGGUCCUCAAGCACAGCUCCGAGUCUGCUAAUGGGAAUUGUGGAGAAAACCUAGCAUGGGCAUCCUAUGACCAAUCAGGAAAAGAUGUGGCUGACAGAUGGUACAGUGAAAUAAAAAAUUACAGCUUUCAAAACCCAGGGUUUUCUUCUAGGACAGGUCACUUUACAGCAAUGGUGUGGAAGAACACAAAAAAGAUGGGAGUUGGAAAGGCAUCUGCUAGUGACGGCUCAACCUUUGUGGUGGCUAGAUAUGAUCCAGCUGGAAAUGUAGUAAAUCCAGGCUACUAUGAAGAAAAUGUUCUUCCUCCAAGAAAAUAACUUUUUUUUUUUAAGGUAGUCUUAUUGCUUAGUGACAAGUGAACCUGGAUUUGAACCUAACAGUGUUUGAAGUGAAGCCCAGUUCAAUGAAACCUCCUGUUUGAUACCGCUAUUCACAUCUCAGUGUGGAGGAAGCAAUUCCAUGUUGCUUGAGUCAAUCUGCACAUCAGGAAACUCCCUGUUGUUUCUGAGGGGACCUCAAUUUAUUUGAGGAUGAACUAUAUGCAGCAUUUCUGAAGGGUAAAAUGUUUGGGGGUUUUUUUGUUUGUUUUUUGUUUUUUUUUAAUUUGUUUGCGUGAACUCCGUGUCAGCAUGUGAGUAAGCACAUGUUGGAUGUCUAUUUUUUUUUUUUUUUUUUAAACAAACAAAUGUAUAGCUUUCUGUAAACUGAAGAUGCCAGCUUGUAGUUAUAUUAUGUACUCCCAGCUGUCCAGUACUUUUUGAUAACUGUACCUUUGUUGCUCUGUCUUUACCUCCUGCUGUUGUGGGACCUACUCCCUGCAGAUGGAACACAUGCAAAACUUCCUGUUUGAAAGGUACAUGUGUAAAAUAUAGUGGAAUUCAGACCUGUGCUUUUUUAUUAAGAGGAUCUCGUGGAACACUAAAAGUCUGCUGGCAAAACUGUGCCCAUCAAACUGUACCCAUCUGUAACUAAUGCAUGAUCUAAAAAAAAAAAACCCUAAAAUGUUUGAAUUCCAUUUUAGAUGCUGAUACAUGAAAUAUGUUUGAGAUGAGUGUAUUUUAAUUUCAAAGUGCAUCCUACAGUUUACAGUGUGUACCAUGUAUUAUAAUCAUAUUGUUUAAUUCUGUUACAGAAAAUAAAGAUUCUACUUUCUGAUAUUUAUGCACAAAGAAGUUUCUUUGAUGGUGCACUUUGGAUUUCAUUUCUCAAUAACUUAUUUCCUAAGGAAUACCUUUUAAAGGUGUUGUGCUACACAGGCGAUAACAUUCCCAAAUCAUCUCAUCUCCUUUAAUAAUGUAACAGUAGGGGUAUUUACAUUGUCACAAUUAAGAGCUAUUUAUUCAUAUUAUUCAAUCAUAGUAUUAUUUCACAUGCUGUAUUGAUGCCUUGAAAUAAAUGAAGAUUUACUUUCCUUAGGAGCAAGCCAAGCAAAAAUUUUGGGAACAUUCUUUUCUCUGAUUAAAUGUGGAUUGGGCCAUUUUGGCCAGGUUCAUAUGCUGUGCUUCAAUUUGGGGGUUUGUUUUCUUUGUAAAAGUUUCUCUUGACUUUUGCUGAGAUUCUUAGGCCAUAAUCUGGUUCAUGGACAGUCCCAUCAUAGAAAAACUUCUUUUUGUUUACACAGUUGUAAUAAACUGCAUUCUUAUGGCUUGAUUAUAUGUCACUGUGAUGCUGUUUGUUACAAUUUUUUGCUGUAACCAAGAAUUUGACACGUAUCAUGAACAACUGA